AUGUUGUUAUCACCUUUAUCAAAUCGUAACCAUGUUAUUCAUAAUUCUGAAGACAAAUAUGACUUUGAAAAUUUACCAAAUGAUUAUACUUUGAAAGAUCAUGAUAUUGUGAUAGAACCAGAUGAUAUAGAUCUUUCAUCCCCUCGUGCUCUUGCAGUUAUUACAGAGCAAGUAGUCAUUAAUGUUGAUCCACAACCACUUCCCAUUCAAUCCAAUCAUUUUUUAAUCGAUUCGCUUGAUGAACCAGUUGCUAAAACUAUUCUUCGUGAUUUGAGAAAUAUUGUAAUUAAAUUGAAACAAAUUCUUUAUCCUAAAGGAGAACGCGAUGUUUUACGUGAUUGUAAAUAUACAGUAUUAGUUAAUGUAAAGAAUGUAAAAUAA